UUGCCGUCGUGACCGGUUAACCGUGACGCCCUUCGCGUAUCUCUGGCUCCCGUAGAUGUACACACUUUGAUCGGAAGCUGGAGAUGAGAUACUUGUUUUGGGCAAUUCUUAUCGUAAGCUUGGCAUGUGAAAUUGACGCUUCCGUACAAAUCGGCCCGCAACAAACAGAACCCGACGAGACUGAGCCUGAGGAGGAGGAGGAGCCUCACCCCUAUACCAUAUCAUUCUUUGUCUUCCCACAUGGUGCAGCGAAAGACCUGCUGGACAGGACUUUCAAUAAAAAGAAACCAUCUAAUCAUCAUAAACUAAUCACUAAUGCACUGAAAGCCAAUGCUACUCCUGACGAUACAUGGCUAGACAAGAGCAAUGAAGAUAUCGAUUCACUUUACCAGAGAGGUAGUAUUGAUCAUCCACCAAGCGAAAUGUAUCCCCACUGUCAUCAAUGUGAUAAAAACUCUACCUUUGAUGGGUGUACUCAGAAAGAAACACUGAAGGUUUGCAACAAAGGUUUGGCUAACAUCUGCUAUACCAAGAGUUUAAAGAAAGGAGACAUCGUUCAUUAUCAGAUGGGAUGUGCAACGCAUAAACAAUGCCAACACGCCAGAGCAGUACCUUGUAAAAUGUCAGUUAAAAAGUGCUUCACUUGUUGUCAAUGGUCAGGGUGUAACUCACAGUCUCAUCACCACAAGAACUUCCCUUUUGCACACCAAAUAACAACUCAGUUGUCCAUGGACGACGCUAAAUCAACGUCGACCACUAGCGUGAUGUCCUGGACACUAGUCGUGACCAGUCUCCUCUCAGCCGCGUUUGUGGUCAUCUAGAGACCCCAGUAGUACGUACAAAGAGAUGGACACAAUCUAAUAUUGAUGCAUAGGCCUCAAACUCUUAGUUGACAAGGAUAGCAGAGCUUUGUUAUUCGCUAUAACGCAAUACCCAUAGAGUUACAAGCAGGAUUAUAUACCAGGAUUACAUAGUCAUGGCGCCCAUGUGACUCAUGGGAGAUAACUUAUCCCACAUUGGGAUGAAAUAAUGGGAUCUGUAUACAUUGUAAUUAAAAUCAUAAUUAGAAGGGGCUUGGGUUAUGAAUCACAUAACGUAUCCCACAUUGGGAUUCAUGUAAAGGUUACUAAGGACUUAUUUUAAAUAAACAAGUCGACAAAGAAA